GUCAUAUCCAGUGAAGGAUUGCCGCGGGUGCUACUUCCUUGGCGUGAAUACCAAAUGCUGGUUCAACAUGCUGGUUCAACAUCUUGUUCUGGAGGAGGCGAUCUCCCAAGGCACCUGAAGCAGAAGCUGAAUCUGCAGAGAUUCAUGGCCGAACGUGCCUACUACAUAGGUGGCAGUAAUGAUGGUUCGGGAAACGACCCAUUGGACCAAGAAGAUCCCGACUUCGGCGCAGGCAAGAAGUACACGCCAGCUGUGCAGAGAGAGCUGGAGUCUUGGACCUUUUUCGAGGCUUUCGCUCACCGUCUCGAUGUGAACCAAGCAGACGCCACUAGGCUUUUCCGCUCCUUUGCAGGUGGAGAAGAGAAUGAGAGAGUGACGUGUGGCAAUCUGCGGAAGGUCUUUGAGAAGGGGGAUUCGUUCACUCUGGAGGAGUUCGCUAUCCGCGUGUGGGCCGCAAAACCGGCAGGCGAGAGUAUCGAGAGCUGCUUUCAGCAAAUCAGCGGUAGUUCGUUGCUAGAAGAACGAGCAAUGAUGGGUUCCGCUGGUAGUGAAUUGCUUGGUGGAUCUGCUCAAUACCACGUUGGUGAAGUUGAUUCGACUAGUAAGGCGAACAAAGACCAGAACAGUAGCACUUUCGGUUUCCGACCUCGUCCACAGCAGAUGACGCGCGUGCAAGAAGCCAACGCGAGAAGAGGUUUACUGCGUAC